GCCGCAUCUGCUCUGCUCGCUCCCACAGGCUGCCUCUGCGGACAGGAUGGCGUUCAGCAAGGGGUUCCGGGUCUACCACAAGCUGGACCCCCCGCCCUUCAGCCUCAUGGUGGAGACCAGGCACAAGGAGGAGUGUCUCCUGUUCGAGUCCGGGGCGGUGGCCGUGCUCUCUUCUGCAGAAAAGGAGGCAAUCAAGAGUACAUACUCCAAAGUGCUGGAUGCAUAUGGACUCCUCGGUGUUUUACGCCUCAAUCUGGGUGACACCACGCUACAUUAUCUGGUCCUCGUCACCGGGUGCAUGUCUGUGGGGAAAAUUCAAGAAUCUGAAGUGUUCCGAGUGACUUCCACGGAGUUUAUAUCCCUGCGAGCCGACUCUUCGGAUGAGGAUCGCAUUUCCGAAGUGCGCAAGGUGCUGAGCUCAGGGAACUUCUAUUUCGCGUGGUCGGCCUCGGGGGUCAGCUUGGACCUGAGCCUUAACGCCCAUCGCCGCCUGCAGGCGCACACGACUGACAACAGGUUCUUCUGGAACCAGUCUUUGCACCUGCACCUCCAGCACUACGGCGUGAGCUGCGACGACUGGCUGCUGCGCCUCAUGUGCGGGGGCGUCGAGAUCAGAACCAUCUACGCGGCCCACAAGCAGGCCAAGGCCUGCCUCAUCUCCAGGCUGAGCUGCGAGCGGGCCGGGACCAGGUUCAAUGUCCGCGGCACCAACGACGAUGGCCACGUCGCCAAUUUUGUAGAAACGGAGCAGGUCGUGUACUUAGAUGACUCCGUUUCUUCCUUCAUCCAAAUCCGGGGCUCGGUUCCGUUGUUCUGGGAGCAGCCAGGCUUGCAGGUGGGCUCGCACCGUGUCCGGAUGUCCAGGGGCUUCGAAGCCAAUGCGCCCGCCUUUGACAGGCAUUUUAGAACACUUAAGAAUCUGUAUGGCAAACAAAUAGUAAUAAACCUGCUUGGAUCUAAGGAAGGUGAACAUAUGCUCAGUAAGGCCUUCCAGAGCCACCUGAAGGCUUCAGAGCACGCCGCCGACGUGCAGAUGGUGAGCUUCGACUACCACCAGCUGGUGAAGGGGGGCAAGGCCGAGAAGCUGCACAGCGUCCUCAGGCCUCAGGUCCAGAGGUUCCUCGAUUAUGGCUUUUUUCAUUUCGACGGAAGUGACGUUCGAAGGUGCCAGAGUGGGACUGUCCGCACCAACUGCUUGGACUGCCUGGACAGGACAAACAGCGUGCAGGCCUUCCUGGGCCUGGAGAUGCUGGCGAAACAGCUGGAAGCCCUCGGCUUGGCUGAGAAGCCCCAGUUGGUGACUCGCUUUCAGGAGGUUUUCCGCUCCAUGUGGUCGGUGAACGGUGACUCCAUCAGUAAGAUCUAUGCCGGGACCGGGGCUCUGGAAGGAAAGGCCAAGCUAAAAGAUGGUGCUCGCUCUGUCACUAGAACGAUUCAGAAUAACUUCUUUGACAGCUCCAAGCAAGAGGCCAUUGACGUUUUGCUCCUGGGAAACACUCUAAAUAGUGAUUUAGCUGACAAAGCGCGAGCACUUUUAACCACUGGAAGUUUGCGUGUCUCUGAGCAGACGUUGCAGUCAGCCUCUUCUAAAGUUCUGAAGAGCAUGUGCGAGAGUUUCUACAAGUAUUCAAAGCCCAAGAAGAUCCGAGUGUGUGUGGGCACCUGGAAUGUGAACGGCGGGAAGCAGUUCCGCAGCAUAGCUUUUAAGAACCAGACCCUCACCGACUGGCUUCUUGAUGCACCCCGGCUGGCGGGCAUCCAGGAGUUUCAAGAGAGAAGAAGUAAGCCAACAGACAUAUUUGCGAUCGGGUUUGAGGAGAUGGUGGAGCUGAAUGCCGGAAACAUUGUGAAUGCGAGCACCACGAACCAGAAGCUCUGGGCCGUGGAGCUCCAGAAGACCGUCUCCCGGGACAACAAGUACGUGCUGCUGGCCUCCGAGCAGCUGGUGGGCGUCUGCCUGUUCGUCUUCAUCCGCCCGCAGCACGCGCCCUUCAUCAGGGAUGUCGCCGUGGAUACUGUGAAGACGGGAAUGGGAGGCGCCACUGGCAACAAGGGAGCGGUGGCCAUCCGCCUGCUGUUCCACACGACCAGCCUCUGCUUUGUCUGCAGCCACUUCGCCGCAGGGCAGUCCCAGGUCAAGGAACGGAAUGAGGACUUCGCGGAGAUCGUGCGGAAGCUGAGCUUCCCUAUGGGAAGGAUGCUCUUUUCCCACGAUUACGUGUUCUGGUGCGGCGACUUCAACUACCGCAUCGACCUCCCUAAUGAGGAGGUGAAGGAGCUCAUCAGGCAGCAGAACUGGGACGCCCUCAUCGCAGGAGAUCAGCUGAUCAGCCAGAAGAACGCCGGGCAGAUUUUUAGAGGAUUUUUAGAAGGAAAAGUAACCUUUGCUCCGACAUAUAAAUAUGAUUUGUUUUCUGAAGACUAUGACACCAGCGAAAAGUGCCGCACCCCCGCGUGGACCGACCGCGUCCUCUGGAGGAGGAGGAAGUGGCCUUUUGAUCGAUCAGCGGAGGACUUGGACCUCCUCAACGCCAGUUUCCAAGAUGGAAGCAAAAUCCUCUACACGUGGACCCCGGGCACGUUGCUGCACUAUGGGCGGGCCGAGCUGAAGACCUCUGACCACAGGCCCGUGGUCGCCCUCAUAGACAUCGACAUCUUCGAGGUGGAGGCCGAGGAGAGGCAGAGCGUCUACAGGGAGGUCCUGGCUGAGCAGGGCCCGCCCGACGCCACGGUGCUGGUCUCCGUCCAGAGUGCAGGGCCGGAAAGCAGCUUCUUCAAUGACACUUUGAUCGACGAGCUUCUGCAGCAGUUCGCGAAUUUUGGUGAAGUGGUUCUCAUAAGGUUUGUAGAAGAUAAAAUGUGGGUUACAUUUUUGGAGGGAAGUUCUGCCUUGAGUGUUCUGAGCCUCAGUGGUAAAGAGUUACUGGGCCGGACUAUAACGAUUACUUUGAAAAGUCCCGACUGGAUCAAGAAUUUGGAAGAAGAAAUAAGUUUAGAGAAGAUUAACGUCCCGUUGCCUUCGUCGACAAGCUCCACGCUGCUGGGCGAGGACGCGGAGGUGGCGGCAGACUUCGACCUGGAAGGGGACGUGGACGACUACAGCGCUGAGGUGGAGGAGGCUCUUCCCCAGCACCUGCAGCCGUCCCCGGGCUGCGGCCUCGGCCCCUCCCCCAGCUCUUCCCCGCGGACCAGCCCCUGCCAGUCGCCCACCAUAGCGGACGUCCCCCUGCCCUCCCUGCCCAUCAGGCCAAGCCGGACCCCGUCCAGGACUCCGGGGCAGCCUCCUCCACAGAGUGCUUUUCCCGGUUCUCCCGUGGACGCUCCGUCAGCCGCGCAGCCUCAGAAGGAUGCUCCGCAGGUCCUGGAGCGACCACCUCCACCUUCAGGGGCCAGGAGUCCUGCGCUGGCCAGGAAGGAGCUUGGAGCACCCCAAAGCCCCGGAGCGACGCGGAGAGAAAACCUAGGCCACAGCCAGCCUUUGCCUCCAGCGGGACUCGAGGGCCCAGGACCCGCUGGACACGGCGCUCCCAGACCGGUAGGCAGCACCUGCCAGGGGCGGGGGGUCUGGGUUCGAGGUCCCAGUUUGCUUCCAGCCACAAGGGUUGCCUUGGGGAAGGCGUGUGGCCCAUCACGGCCUCUGCCUCUAACAUGCUCUCGGCCCUCGGCGCAGCCGCAGGUGAGACCCAACGGCGUCCCUGCGGUCAGACUGGAAUCACCGUCGAAGAGCGACCCGUUUGAAGACCUGUCACUUAGUCUGCUGGCCGUGUCACAGGCCCAGCCGCCCGUGCACCCCGCCCCUGUCCUCACCCCGGGCCCCAAGGGGGUGGUCCCCCUGCCUCCUGCAACAUCGAGUAACAUCAGCAUUUUGAGUUCUGUGAGCUGCAUGCCGACACUGCCUCCACUUCCCAUGCGGAGCCAAUCCCAGGAGAACGUGCGCUGCUCUCCGAACCCAUUUGCCCCGACCUUCCCUGGCACUGACCUCUUCGCCGGCAGGAUGAACCCGUUCAGAGCCCCGUCCAGGGACGCAGAGGCGGCGGCGCAGCCCGUGGAGCCUGUCCCCUGUGCUCCCCUCCCUCCUCCCGGGCCUCGGGGCCAGAGCAUCGGCAAGCCUCCUGCUCAGCCCCCCGGCUUCCAGGACAGCUCCGACCCGCAGGUCCAGGCCACAGCGAGCGCCAACCCCCCGAGGGGGUGGGUCACCUUCGAGGAAGAGGAGGACUUUGGUGUGAGAGCCAAGUUGAAGGCAGCUUGUCCAGACUCCCUGGGCCCUCGGCCAGGCCCGUCCUCCGGCCCAGGCGUGACCUUUGGAGAUGACUGGGGUCAAGGGACAGGUGUUCCCACCUGUGUGCUGCCCUCGCGGAGGCCGCCCCCGCCUCCCUGCUCUGCGCUCCCCGCAGGCCCCGCCCCUCCAGCCGACCCUUUCACCGCUCUGGCCCCGGUUGCUCCUGCUGUAGACUUCACAGAAAGAUAGCCCACAGGGGACAGCGCUCCCGCGAGCUGGGCAGAGCGAGAGAACCGGGCGUUGUUAUUCAUUAUGUGCAAUAGUCCUUGUUCCUGCACUGAUGUCAAGAAAUACCACUGUGUCACGUGUACAGAGUUGGAGUAUGUGUAUAUUGGAAAUAGGGAAAACCCUUCUCAUUAUUAACUGGAGUUCUGGUGUGUUUCUGUUUGGAUAACUGAGAGCAGUGGCCAUAAAGAGUGCUCAAAACUACUCUGGGGAGUAGACCCCACUCAGAUCCUCGUGAGGCCCCCAAGAAUCUCAGAAAGACGCGCGGCUCCCCGCUGGCCUGGCUCCGCCCUCACGAGCAGUCACCAAAGAGCUGUCCGCGGGGCGGGACGCUGGACCGGACUCUGAGAGGCAUUGCUAGAGAGAGUGAGUGCACACAUGCGCACACAUGUGUGGUGUAUGCACACACAGGCUAACACUCACCUAAACUCUAGGGCAUGACUCAGACCAAAUCUGUAUCUAAAAGUUCUGAGAGUUCUUUUUUCAAUAUUUCACUAUCAGAAGGACCACUGUAAGUGAAAUUUGGACAUUAAUUUUCUUUCCAAAACUAAAAUAACCCUUACUCCUGAAACAGCAUUUUCUCUCCUUGCACGCGUGCACGCACACAGCUCUGCACUCCCCACUCCAGGCCCCAGGCCUUCCCUCUGGGACGGCUCCUGGCAGCUGGAAGCACGUGUCGCAGUCACUGUCCGCACACACUCCAGCCCUUUCCAAGGAGCCAGUGGCCGUGUGUCUGCGAGGCACAGGCCAUGGGUUCAGUGAGGAAUUCAGUGUGUGCUGCCUGCUGCCUGCUCCCUCCUCCACACCACCCCCCCCCACCCCGUCUGCCGCUCCAGGCUUCCUCAGCAGGGAAAGCAGGGGGGAGGGGGUGCUCUGAACUGGGUCUUCCCUGAGGGGCUGGGGCCCACCAGGUGCUGCUGGAAGCUCUCCGGCGCCUCCUGGCGGCAGAUUCCCUCUCCUGCUCUGCUCCAUCCACUGACCCCGCUUCUAUUCGUUUUCUGAAGUACACGGAAUUUUUACAGAAUGAAGUAUUUUGCUAUCAUUAAGUAAUCCCAAUCAGAAAAUCCGUGAGCAGCUGUUUUGUUGUCAGUUUAAGCUAAAGUCAUCUGUACCCAUAAGACUUAGGUUAACGCUCCUUUCUAUAGAGCGUUGUGUAUGUCCACCGAAACCCCGCGUCCUCAUUGGACCUUCACUCAUGUGCGUCGGGGGAUGGCAGGAAGCAGGGUCCCUGGUAAGAAAGUGGAAAAGCACAGAACUGCAUUGCACUUCACCACAGAAAGCAAAUCCAUAGUCAAAGUACUUCUCUAGAUGCUUAAAUGCUAUCACACUCUAUUUAUAGAAGUCAUCCUCUCUGUUAACAGCCAGGAACUUGUGAGUUUUCUAUUGUGCUUUUUGGGGUUCUAAGCAUUUCAGCAUCAGUAUAUCUUAAACGGCAGUAUUACUCUAAGCCAUAUGCUUCCAAUGUGAACUAACUUGUCCAAACUGUGGCUUUAGCUUCUGUGUGAUUAGUGUGUGGUAUGUGCUCUCUAUUAGACAGACAGUUCCUUACCCACAACAGCAGCUCCGUGAGGAGUCUUCCGGUGAACCUGCACUACUGCCUGAAACACACAUGCCGUGCGGCACCGUGGCCUUUAUCGGAAACUCUAUUUGGCAAGUUGCUGAAAGUGCACAAAGCUAUGGAAGUUAAAGGUACGCUGCCAAUAACUGGCCAUUAUUCUGUGUCUUACUGAAAUAUCUACCAGUUCUGUUAAAAGCAGAGCAGAAUUUAGA